AUGCCCGGCCCAGACGGAAAACCCUCACUGCUCGACCGGCCCAUGCCGUCGUCUUUUGACGAGAACAACGAAUUCUAUGAUGAGCGCGUUCUUCACAAGGUCUUUCGCAAGCUCAAGGAGGAGCCCUUGGUCCCCCUCGGCUGUGGUCUGACCGUCUUCGCCUUCGUCAACGCCUGGCGCGCCAUCCGCCGCGGCGACGCCAACCAAGCCAACAAGAUGUUCCGCGCCCGUGUCGCCGCCCAGGGCUUCACCGUAUUCGCCAUGGUCGCCGGCAGCAUGUACUACAACAAGGACCGCGAACGCACCGCCGAGCUGCGCAAGAUCAAGGAGGCCAAGGACGCCGAGGAGCAGCGCCAGAGGUGGAUCCGCGAGCUUGAGGCCCGCGACGAGGAAGAGAAGGCGCUCAAGGCCAGGAUGCAGGAGAGGAGGGCCAAGUUCGAGGCCAAGAACGCCGGUACCGCUGCGGGCGAUGCGUCGGCCGAGGGCGAGCAGGUCAGGUCCGGGGGCGUGCUUGGCGCACUGGGGUUGUCGGCGUGGAAGAAGCCGGAAGAGGGGGACGCUGCUGCUGAGACGCCGGCGGAAGAGAAGCCACAGAAGAAGGAGAAUCCCAAGAGCUCGCUCGGUGCCAUUGGCGAGAUUUAUGGCAGAAAGCCGUCGUCAUCCGAUGGCUCGUCGGAGGAGCCAAAGAAAUAA